GUCUAACACACGUGUGCAACGGUAUUGUGAACUUCAUUAAUUUAAGGACCCCACAAUGAGUGGAGAUACGGAGCGCUUGCUGAUCCAGUUUCAGGACGAGGCUGGAGAGGCUCUAGGAUCCCCCUUUGAUGUACCUCUGGACAUCACCCCGGAUAAACUUCAACUUGUCUGCAAUGCACUGCUACAGAAGGAGGAGCCAGUACCUCUGCUGUUCUUUGUGAAAGAUGCAGAGGUGGUGUCGUCUAUCGGUGACUGUGUGAACACUCUGGGUUUGGAGACGGAGCAGGUGUUGCCGGUGGUGUACCAGCCUCAGGCAGUGUUCCGCGUGCGGGCAGUGGCUCGCUGCACAAGCUCUCUAGAGGGUCACACAGAGGCAGUCAUCUCUGUGGCUUUCAGUCCUACAGGAAAAUACCUCGCUAGUGGCUCUGGUGACACAACGGUGCGGUUUUGGGACCUGACGACCGAGACUCCCCACCACACAUCCAGAGGACACACUCACUGGGUCCUGUCCAUUGCCUGGUCGCCAGACGGCAAGAAGUUAGCCUCAGGGUGCAAGAACAGUCAGAUCUUCCUAUGGGACCCUGUUACAGGCCAGCAACUGGGAAAACCUUUAAUAGGACACACUAAAUGGAUAACUUGGCUUUGUUGGGAGCCGUUGCAUCUUAACCCAGAAUGUCGCUAUUUGGCCAGUUCAUCUAAAGACGGGUCAGUGCGAAUCUGGGACACAGUUCUUGGACGUAGUGAUAAGAUUUUGACGGGUCACACCCAGUCAGUGACCUGUGUGAAAUGGGGAGGAGACGGCCUCCUCUACACCUCCUCCCAAGACAGGACAGUGAAAGUUUGGCGUGCCAAAGAUGGGGUGCAGUGUCGAACACUCCAGGGUCACGCGCACUGGGUGAACACGCUAGCUCUCAGCACAGAUUACGUUCUGAGGACCGGAGCGUUUGAGCCUGCUACGGCCACGAUCAAUGCACAGGACCUCACUGGCUCAUUGGAAGAAAUUAAAGAGAAAGCUUUACAGCGUUACAACAAAGUUCGGGGCCAAGGUUCUGAACGUUUGGUAUCAGGUUCCGAUGACUUCACGCUCUUCCUGUGGAACCCCGCUGAGGACAAGAAACCAGUGGCACGUCUCACGGGGCACCACGCCCUGGUCAACGAGGUGCUCUUCUCGCCCGACACGCGACUGCUGGCCAGCGCCUCUUUCGACAAGUCCAUCAAGAUCUGGGACGGCAAGACCGGAAAGUAUUUGACUUCUCUGCGGGGUCACGUAGGGGCCGUGUACCAGGUGGCCUGGUCGGCAGACAGCCGUCUGCUGGUGAGCGGAAGUAGCGACAGCACUCUGAAAGUGUGGGACGUGAAGACAGGCAAACUGAGCGUGGACCUGCCCGGACACGCUGAUGAGGUGUUUGCAGUCGAUUGGAGUCCUGAUGGACAGAGAGUGGCCAGCGGUGGAAAGGACAAAUGUUUAAGAAUAUGGAGGAGGUAGUCGGACCAACCCCCAAGCCCCACAGCUCUGCAGCUGCCAUCCAAUCAGAUGCUUGGCUGUCCAUUACAUGUGUACACCAUAGGCCAGCCCAGUCAGGAUGAUUGACAGCACGUCAGUGUGAGGGUUCAGAGCCUUAACCUAAUUCCCCAGUUACCCACUAUGCACAGCUUUAGCUGAGUGGUUAAACGACAAUGGUCUGAGAUGCUGUCAAUCUAGUGACGUUACUGGGGCAACAAACUGUCUGAUGCCUUUGUUUGAAUCAUAAGCCGAGGUUCAUGAAACCUGCCCAGUAAACAAAUGGCCUGACAGCAUGUGGAACUUGGAUACGGAACUGACCUGGUUUAACCUUUACAGUCUACUGCAGACAUAUUGUCAGUUACUUAAUUCCUGCGUCCUCCGAUUCAGGUGGCAUUCACUUUGUCUGUUCCAAGACGGAGAAGUUCCCCUGCCUGAGUGUACAGAAUUGCCUUUGAAGCGUUAUAAAGCCAAUGUUCUUUUUGUCAUAAAUCAAAACAAACCUG